CACCGUAGUAAAGCCAUCCAAAGCUCAGAAAGACUCCGUCAACGGAGUGCGUCAUCUUCCUAGUAAACGAUCUUUGGACCUAGCCAUAGCUGCCGCUGCUCAGAGACCAGUGGACCCGGGCAGCGGCGCUCUUCGCUUCGGUAUGAUGCCAGCCGACAGCCCCAUGACCUCCAUCGUUCAGAGAAUAGCUCGGCAGGCUCUGGUGACCUUCAGGAGCCCCCGGCUUGGCGAGGAGGUUGGGAAGUCUUUCCUGGAGAACCACAACACGCUGAAGAGCUUGAUGACGGAAGUGCGCGCGGCGGACCUGAAGCUCGUCCCGCGGAGAGCCGACGACAGCUCGCCCCGUCCUCACCCGUACCACCACGGGGUGCCUCCGGUCACCUACAUGCACAUCUGCGAAACGGACCAGUUCAGCAUGGGGGUGUUCCUGCUGAAGAGCGGCGCCUCCAUCCCUCUGCACGACCACCCGGGGAUGCACGGCGUGCUGAAAGUCCUGUACGGCAAGGUCAGGAUCAGCUGCUUCGACCGGCUGGAGCGGCCGGGGGGGAGCGCGCAGUCCGCGCCCCCGCUGCCCCCGGCCCAGCUGGGCACGCUGCGGCGCUCAGUGCUCCGCUCCUCCGCGGAGUACACGGAGGAGAGCGGCCCCUGCGUCCUCUCCCCCGACCGGGACAACCUCCACCAGAUCGAUGCCGUGGACGGGCCGACGGCGUUCAUGGAUAUUUUGGCCCCCCCGUACGACCCGGACGAAGGCAGAGACUGUCACUAUUACAAGCUUCUGUCCGAAACGGAGGCUAAAAACGCGGAGCAGAAGGAGAAGGAGGUCUGGCUGAUGGAGGUCUCCCAGCCUUCCAGCUUCUGGUGCGGGGGGGAGCCGUACCCGGGCCCGGAGGUCUGCCUCUGAUCCUCCGCUGAGCGGCCGCUGGUCCCGGUCUGGUUCAGUUUGCUGACCUGGUUUCUGCUGCACGCUGACGUCCUUUCCUCUCACCUGGAGGAGCCACGCGCAGCACAUCCUGAUGCUUCUGGCUUCCCUGAUGCACGAGCCAGAGUUCACCUCAGCUCAGGACAGAGAGUCUCAGCUUUCCAUCCCCAAACAUCUAGACCAGAUUCUGGAGGUUUCCAAGUCUCCAUAUUUCAAUAAAACCAUGAAACUGGCGGGUUGGGUGGCGCACAGGUGGAGUGGCUCCGGUGUGUGAAGGGUUAACCUGGUGUGAGCUUCAGGUGCAGAGCAUCUGCAGGACUUUUAUGUUGCGUUCAAGGACAGUGGGGAAGUCUGAGAUAGUGGUGUUCCGGCUCAGACCAGCACAAGAAGCCCGGAACGCUGGAAAACUUCACACGUUCAGUUUCGUUUCCACUUUUCCCCUCAAAUCUUCCAACUCCGGUCCAAUCAGAGCGAUUU